CCCUACGUUCGACGUCCAAUAGCGUGCUCCCCACGCCCCCCCCCACCCACGCUCUCCGCUUGCCUCCACAGGAGAGUUAUGGGCUUUUCCCCCUGAGAGUAGCCACAUUCGGCUUGCAGCCCACUUUGUGAGGUUCCACCAUGGCUCUCUGCAAGCUGGAAGAAAAUGAGAUCGAAGUGAGCCUUGAUUUUGAAGAAGAGGGCACUGCAACAGCAGAAAGUGGCGGCUCUGGUAAAGUUUUUCUAAAUGGUUCAGACAAACCAAAGAACCAGGGCAUCCUAGACCACAAGGAUGAUGUGAUGCAGUCUUCAGUCUUCAGAUACAUUCGUGGUAACAUCAAAAAGGAGAGCCAUGGGAGCCACCAAGCAUCUGGGUCCCCACAGCUGAAGGAGCAAGAGAACAUGGCUGCUGCCAGAAUUCCACAAUUUCGGCGCACAAGACCACGGAUCCAGUUUGGUCUGACACCCAGGCAGCUUAGUGAAUUGGAAGACGUUUUUGAAAAAACUAAGUAUCCUGAUGAGAGCAUAAGGAAGGACCUUGCCAAGCGCUUGUUCCUUGGAGAAUCCAGAGUACGGAGUUGGUUUAAGAGAAGAAGAGCCAAAUACAGGAAAAGUCAGCAGUCUCAAAUGCUGCAGAGUGAAUCUGCUGAUAGGCAGAACACCUAGCAGCAAAGCUUUCGGAGGAGUCCUGGAGCAGCACCCUGUCCAGGUGCCAGAUGAAGACAGGAUAUUGUGAUGUCACUGACACAUUAAGAGCCUAUAAUGGCUGUAAUGAAAGCUUAUCACUUCAUCAAUAAA